UGAGUGAAUGUACAGUGCAAAAGAUCGCUCUUAUCCACAAUUCCUCGCGCUUCGCUGCUCUCUGUAUGUCGCGGUGGUCUGUAGGACUGGUGCUGUGAAAAUUUAGCCAAGGCAUUUGGUCGAACGGAUUGUGCCACAACUAUGGCGACGACAUUCUCGCCUGUGUCUCACAUACGCUCCAUCUGCUACGCCUCUGAUUCUCCCAGGACCCGCCUCUCGUUCCCAGGUUCUGGAAACGUGGGUUCUUGGAGUGCGUCGGCGAAUUACGUGAAGCUUCGGGUGGCGGCGAGAGGGUUUUCUGUGAAGCAACUAGUUGUUAAGCAGCCAUGGAAGAAGAGAAUGGGAGUGUUCAGAUGCGCAACCAUUGAAGAAAUUGAAGCAGAGAAGUCUAUGAUUGAGAAAGAUGUUAAAGAAAGGAUGGAAAAGACUAUCGAAAAUGUGAGGUCCAGUUUCAAUUCGAUUAGAACUGGAAGAGCGAACCCUGCAAUACUAGACAAAGUGGAGGUGGACUAUUAUGGAACACCGGUCAUCUUGAAGAGUAUAGCACAGAUCAGUACUCCCGAUGCGGGUUCUCUCUUGGUGCAACCCUAUGACAAAUCCAGCUUGAAGGCCAUAGAGAAAGCAAUUGUCAGCUCUAACCUUGGUUUGACUCCAAAUAAUGAUGGAGAAGUUAUUAGAUUGACCCUUCCCCAACUGACAUCUGAAAGAAGGAAGGAGUUGUCUAAGAUUGUAGCCAAGCAGGCUGAAGAAGGCAAGGUUGCAAUAAGGAAUAUAAGAAGAGAUGCCAUCAAAGCGUAUGAAAAACUUGAGAAGGAGAAGAAGCUCUCAGAGGACAAUGUGAAGGACUUAUCUAGUGAUUUGCAGAAAGUGACAGAUGAAUACAUGAAGAAGAUUGAUUCAAUCUACAAACAGAAGGAGAAGGAGUUACUGACAGUUUGAGCAAUGCAUCAGACGUGUAGACCAAAUUUUGUGAAGUUCUUUUCCCCAACCCUUUGUUGUUGAUUUUCCAUCUUACUCGGCAAACCACUACAUGUGUAGUAUGUGGUGCAUAGAAAAUGCAGUGGCUCUGAAAAUCUGAUUUUGGCUGCUUGCUCAAAGACUUGUUCCUACAAAGCCGUCCGACAGAGUUACCGAAUUGUUCCUCAUAAAUGUACAUCAUCUGCAAAGCAUAGAGUUGCUUGACAUGUUAAAUUGUUUGACCCUAAUAUUUGAUGUAUUCAACCAUGGUAUGUAAUAUUAUGCGUUUCUCAAUUCAAGUUGUUUAACUGGGUUGAAUUUUUGCAAUUCCAGAGCUGACUAGAACAGUACAGUACAUGAAUGAAUUCUAAUUAUAUGGAUGUAGGCUUGUUAUUGAAGUACAA